AUGGAAAAAAGUGAUAGAAAAUUGUUAGAAAUUACUGAACGCAUUCUUAAUACACUCGAACGAAGUGAGGGAACUUAUAUCUCGGAUAUUAUAAUGCCCUUGCUUCGAUCUAGUCUGGGAAACCUACUCAAUGGAGCGGACAAAGAACGAAUGGGGAAGAAACCCGAUAUUAUGGGGUUGCUAAAAUAUGAUGAGAAAAUCGCAGAAUUUAUGUUCGCAGAAUGCUCUCGCAUUAUUUGUUGUAAUUCAAAGAAGGAUAAUGAUGAUUUCGGAGUUGUUGGAAUUCGGGUGGUCGGAACCACUAUACGAUUAAACGUUCUUGUAAGAGACUUGGGUGGCAUACCAAGCUAUUUUCAUCUCGACCUUGCCGAAAUCCCUUUAUCACCACGCUUAUUAUAUACUAAAGCUCUUAUUCAUCUAUUACUAACCUUAAGGAAUAUCUUGAUUGUUAAUAAGAGUUUACUAAUAGAAACAUUAGAAAAAGCCGAGACUAUAGCUACUAAUAAAUUCAUCCAACAUGGCGUUCAUUAUCUUCGAAAUUCUGGUUCAGUUAACCCGGCUUCGUUAAGAACCUUUUUUGUCUCUAUUGUUAAUCCAUCGGCCAUCCCAUUCACUCCUUCUGUGAUAUCCAAAAUUCCAGAGGUUAUUGGGUCAUUUGAAUCAAUAGAGGACAAAUCUAGCUGUUUUAAACAUUCACGGACUUCGUUUAACACCUCUUCAACUUCUAUAGAACGGCCAGUAUUUACCGAAUUAACCUAA